UGUUAUCUGGAAGCCCCUACAAAACCCUUCUCCCCAUCUCAAUCUCUUUCUAGGGUUUAUUCGAAAUGUCGUCGGCUCGUUCAUUCUCUCGUUCCAUUCUAACCAUGAAGCAAGGUUUUUCAUCUCUAUUCUCUCGUUCCACUUCUUCAUUCUCUCGAAUCACUCCAUUCACCGCCGACUCAACUCUCUCCACUCCAUUUCUCGCCCGCGGACGUUCACUUGCGGCUGUUGCUGUUAAUUUCAACAGGGUUUCAGCUUCGGCUUUGAGAAGCUUUUCAACUCGCCAGACAUCGUCUUCGCUUAAUGAUCCAAACCCUAACUGGUCGAACCGUCCGCCUAAGGAGACAAUAUUGCUAGAUGGGUGCGAUUUUGAACACUGGCUGGUUGUCAUGGAGAAACCUGAAGGAGAUCCUACACGGGAUGAGAUCAUUGAUAGUUACAUCAAAACCCUGUCUAUGGUGGUUGGGAGUGAGGAUGAUGCAAGAAUGAAGAUCUAUUCGGUCUCGACUAGACACUAUUUCGCAUUUGGAGCUCUUGUACCUGAGGAAUUAUCAUACAAGAUUAAGGAAUUGCCGAAAGUUCGAUGGGUGCUUCCUGACUCAUACCUUGAUGUGAGAAACAAAGAUUAUGGAGGGGAACCGUUUAUUGAUGGUCAGGCUGUACCAUACGACCCAAAGUACCAUGAAGAAUGGGUGAGAAACAAUGCUAGGGCAAAUGAAAGAAACAGGCGCAAUGACAGACCUCGCAAUUUCGACAGGUCUAGAAACUUUGAUAGGCGACAACAAAAUUCAACUGGUCCUCCACCCAACAACAUGGGAGGUGGUAUGCCUCCGCCACAAAACAACAUGGGAGGUGGUAUGCCUCCGCCACCAAACAACAUGGGAGGUGGUAUGCGUCCUCCGCCAAAUAACAUGGGAGGUGGUAUGCCGCCGCCACCAAACAACAUGGGAGGUGGUAUGCCUCCGCCACCACCAAACAACAUGUCGGGCCCACCACCCAAUAUAGGAGGAGGGAGAAUGCAGCAGCAGUUCAACAACAAUGUUGGUGGAAUGCCCCAAAUUCAUCACCAGCAGCCGUCUCAGCCUAAUUAUAAUGGAGGAAUGCAGCAACAGCAGCCUAAUUAUAAUGGUGGAAUGCAGCAACCACCUAAUAAUUAUAUUAACGGGGGAAUGGGAGGAGGAGCUGCAACAAACAAUCCUCAAAACUUUCAGUACAGAGGUGGUGAGGCUAAUAAUAACUAUGGAGGAAGACCCCAAAACAGAGAGUUUCAGCAGCAGCAGCCCAAUUACAACUAUGCACCAAAUCCAAAUGAGGGAAACCAAUAUCAGCACCAGGACCUGCCCGGAAGGGAUGCACCGCCAAAUCCAAAUGGGGGAAACCAAUAUCAGCACCAGGACCUUCCCGGAAGGGAUGCACCACCAAAGUAUUAGAAUAUUUGAAAAUUUCUCGCACUUUCUUAUCCUAGCAAAUCUCUCUUGAUCUUUUAAACAUCAGCAAAUUUUGCCUCCCCUGGUCUUAUCUACAUUUGCUACUUAGUUUUAUGUAUGUUUAACAUUGCCAAACCAAAACCACUCAAUUCUACUACUACUUUUGAUGAUGUAAUGUAAAUGUUAUGGCUUGGAUUUAAGGGGUUGACUGUUUUAUAGUA